AUGCUGCGUUCCAGCUUCCUCCAGAUCCUCUUUGUGUCGCUGUUCCUGCUGGUGACCGUCUUUGCCGACCAGCCCCAGCCCAAUCCCAAUGCCCCCCGUGAGUCUCUCCAAAAGGCCCUGGCCAGCAUCGAUGCGAACUCCAUCCACGAUGCUCUGCACCGGUUAUCUGCCAAAUUCCGUGACGGCAUUUUCCCCACUGACAUGCGUGCCGCCGAGGCCCUGCAAGAUGAUGAAGUAACCAUUGCCCACCUGGUGAGAAUGGCCAAGCGAGAGAAUGCCACUGCCCCGUCGUCGGAUACCCCGUCGGAGCCAGUCCAACCCGCCCCAUCUGCUUCGUCUCCGGCCGACACUCCAACCUCGCCAUCGGAGCCCUCGUCCAGCGACACGCCCACUUCGACCGCCGAUCCCACGGACCCAACCUCGAGUGCCGAGCCGACCGCCAACCCCACCGCGCCGACCUCGAGCUCCAGCUCCAGCUCCAACUCCGAGCCCACCACCAAGUCGGAGCCCUCGACCUCGACUGGUGGGACCACGCACUCGACCACCCAAGCUCCCUCGACUCUGUCGACCACGACGAGCGGCUCGUCUUCUUCGUCGUCGUCGCUGUCGACAACCACCACCUCUCCUUCGUCCAACUCGAACACCAAGUCUUCCACCUCGACCUACCACAGCACAACCACUUUGCCCGACGGCACCGUCAGCACCAUCACCUCCGUCACUGUUGUGCACCCCCACCAGACGGACGCGGCGGCCAGCGCUACCAGCUCGGCUCACCCGGGUCUGCAAACCAAUGCCGCCGCGCUGACCACCGGCAGCCUGGGUCGGGAGGUGGUCGUGAUGGUUGGAGGCGCCGUCAUGGCAGCCAUAGCCCUGUGA